AUCUCUCGUUGCCAUCUCUAUUAAAUAUUAGUUAUUGAAAAAAUGUAUAUUUAUUUAAGAAAAUGAUUCAUCAUACCGGCGAAGGUUUUCUAUGGCAUGGGCGAGAGCUUCUUUGAAAUUUCAAACUAAUCUAAAGCUGUGUUAUAUGUCGGAGAAUAUAAAAUGAAAAGAAGAACAGAAUAUAAAGACGACAGUGUUAGUAGACAUUGGCCAUGUGUUUCAGAUUCUCGAAUCUGCUGACUCUACUUCUGAUUAGCUUUGCAGCUGCCGAGGAUGUUGGUUUCAUCUACAACGGAUUCCGGUCGGCUAAUCUAAACCUUGAUGGCAUUGCAGAACUCACUUCCAAUGGACUCCUAAAGCUCACCAAUAAAACCGUGCAAGAAACAGGUCAUGCUUUCUACCCUCACCUCGUUUAUUUCAAGAACUCUACCAACGGUUCUGUUUUUUCCUUCUCUUCCACCUUUGUCUUCGCCAUACUUCCGGAGUAUCCAACUCUCAGCGGCCAUGGAAUCGCUUUCGUGAUUGCACCAACCAAAGGCCUCCCCGGAUCUCUUCCAAGUCAGUAUCUCGGACUGUUCAAUGGGUCCAACAAUGGCAAUGAUACAAACCAUGUUGUUGCUGUAGAACUCGACACUAUACGAAGUACGGAGUUCGAUGAUAUCAAUGACAAUCACGUUGGGAUUGACAUUAAUGGGUUGAAGUCUGCUACUUCUUCUCCAGCUGGAUAUUAUGAGGACGACAGCCAUGACUUUAAAAACCUGACCUUGAUCAGUGGUAAACGGAUGCAAGUUUGGGUCGAAUAUCAUGGUCUAGAGAAGAGAAUGGAUGUCACUUUAGCUCCAUUUAAGGUUCCUAAACCCGACACCCCACUUUUAUCCUUGUCUCGUGAUCUGUCUUCAAUUGUUAACCGUGAGAUGUAUGUUGGUUUUUCAUCGUCAACUGGUUCGGUCCUCACAUCUCAUUAUGUUUUGGGCUGGAGCUUUAAGGUUAAUGGUCAGGCAGAAGAGCUUACCCUGUCUCAACUUCCCAAGCUUCCUCGGUUAGGACCAAAGAAAAAGCCGAAAGUUUUGACAAUUGGGUUGCCUUUGAUUUUGGUGAGCUUGGCUUUGGCAGGAGUUUCUGGUGCUGCUUACUUGGUAAGGAGGAAAAGGAAGUUUGCUGAUGUAGUUGAAGAUUGGGAGCUUGAGUAUGGGCCUCAUAGAUUCAAGUUUAAAGAUCUAUAUAUUGCUACAAAAGGAUUCAAAGACAAGGAAUUAUUGGGUGCUGGUGGAUUUGGAAGGGUCUACAGAGGAGUUCUUCCAAGCAAUAAACUUGAGGUUGCAGUGAAAAGAGUCUCGCAUGAAUCAAGGCAAGGGAUGAGGGAAUUUGUAGCAGAAAUUGUGAGUAUUGGUCGUCUCCGACACCGGAAUUUAGUCCAACUCUUGGGAUAUUGCCGGCGCAAAGGUGAGCUGCUUUUGGUCUAUGACUACAUGCCUAAUGGAAGUCUUGAUAAGUAUUUGCAUGACCAGCCAAAAGUCACCCUAAAUUGGAGACAAAGAUUCAGAGUCAUCAAAGGUGUAGCAUCAGGAUUGUUCUAUUUACAUGGAGAAUGGGAUCAAGUUGUGGUUCAUAGAGAUGUUAAAGCCAGCAAUGUUUUACUGGAUGGCGAAUUAAAUGGAAGAUUGGGAGAUUUUGGGCUUGCUAGAUUAUAUGACCAUGGAACGGAUCCCCAAACAACUCACGUUGUGGGAACUCUUGGUUAUUUGGCUCCCGAGCAUACUCGAACCGGGAAAGCCACGCCGUCCACCGAUGUGUUUGCUUUCGGGGCAUUUUUGCUUGAAGUUGCGUGUGGAAGAAGGCCAAUAGAGGCAAAAUCUCCGACAGAAGAUGUAAUCUUGGUAGAUUGGGUGUAUUCAUGUUGGUCCAACGGUGAUAUUAUGGAGGCCAAAGAUCCGAAUCUGGGUUCAGGUUAUGAGGCAGAGGAAGUAGAGUUGGUUUUAAAACUUGGGUUGCUCUGCUCUCACUCAGAACCUGAAGCAAGGCCAACCAUGCGCCAAGUCCUUCAAUUUUUAGAAGGGGAUCUUCCAUUUCCAGAAAUGUCAUCACUCAGUCUCACUUCCAGUGGACUAACAUUUGGACAUCGACAAGGGUUUGAUGAUUAUGUCAUGUCGUAUUCAUCUUCCGUUUGCAAGGGAUUCUCCCAUUGUUCUGUUGCAGAUUCUUUACUUUCUGGAGGUCGAUGAUUGUAAAAUUUUUCUCAGUGUUAAUAAGUUGUAAUCCAUUACUUUGCAUAAAAGCUUACUUAUUUGAAUAA